GCCAUACUCUUCUUCCAUAUGACCCUUACUUUGAUCAUCACUUCCCUUCCACAACAGAUCAUUCCGGAUUCUGCUAAAACUUUACCACCCAUCACUUUUCAUCAUGCCUCUCUUUGUAGUUGCUAUUUUAUUCUUAAUGACAUUUUCAAGCAAUGCUUAUUGGCCACCUUCACCUGGCUACUGGCCAAGUUCAAAGUUCAAGUCUAUGAACUUUUACAAAGGUUUUACAAACCGUUGGGGCCCUCAACACCAAAGACUAGAACAAAAUGCAUUAACUAUUUGGCUUGAUAGAACCUCAGGAAGUGGAUUUAAAUCGGUUCGCCCGUUUCGAUCUGGCUACUUUGGUGCUUCCAUUAAGCUUCAACCUGGUUAUACUGCAGGAGUUAUAACAUCUUUCUAUCUAUCAAACAAUGAAGCACAUCCUGGUUACCAUGAUGAAGUGGACAUUGAGUUUCUUGGAACAACAUUUGGAAAGCCUUAUACUUUGCAGACCAAUGUUUAUGUAAGAGGGAGUGGUGAUGGGAAAAUUGUAGGUAGAGAAAUGAAGUUUCAUCUUUGGUUUGAUCCUACCAAAGGUUUUCAUCACUAUGCUAUACUAUGGAGUCCUAAAGAGAUAAUAUUUCUUGUGGAUGAUGUGCCAAUAAGGAGGUACCCGAGGAAGAGUGACACAACAUUUCCUAUUAGACCAAUGUGGCUUUAUGGUUCAAUAUGGGAUGCUUCAUCAUGGGCAACAGAAGAUGGAAAAUACAAAGCUGAUUACAGAUACCAACCAUUUGUUGCAAAAUAUACAAAUUUCAAAGCUAGUGGUUGCACAGCCUAUGCACCUCGUUGGUGCCAUCCAGUUUCAGCAUCACCAUAUGGUUCUGGUGGAUUGAACUCACAACAAAAUAGGGCUAUGAGUUGGGUGCAAAGAUACCAUAUGGUUUAUAAUUAUUGUAAAGACCCCAAAAGAGAUCAUAGACUAACACCUGAAUGUUCGGGUUAAAUAAAGAUUAAAAACUUGCAAAUUUGGGGGGUGUCCCAAAAAAUACUGUUCUCUUGUGAUCUAUUUUGUUUGUUUGUUUGAGAAAGUUUUCUUUUUACAUUGUGGGGGUGACAUGAAAUGGGACCCCUAUCACUUGAGUGUCCAAGGCUCUAAAGACACGAGAAAAUUUGGAAGAUUGUGUGAGUUUUUUGUUUUUUGUUUUUGUUUUUGUGACAUUUAUUUGGUGUAAACCAAAGGGGAAAAAAAUAAAAGAGGGACAGAGAAAGGAAUAAUGUUUGUCAAUGUCCAAGAAAAGCAAAGUGGACAAUUAUGUAUUGGUUUGUGGCACUGUUGAGUGCAAAAUACUAUAAGCAUACUUCUCAUUUUAUAACGUUAUUGUCAUUUCAA